AACGCACGACACAGUGACUCAAGUGUGCUUUAUAUGUGUAUUUACCUGAAGUUUUCCCCUCGAAAUGCCUCCUAAAAAAGCAUCAGCAGAACCAGUUGCUGCCAUCCCGGAGAUCUCCGAGACUGAACGAGUGGAAGAUACGCGCAGCAAAGCUGCCGGCCGGAAGGUUUCUCCGCACCCGUCCACGAUGGAAAUGGUGAAGGAAGCGCUGAAGGAGCUCGACUCCAGAAAGGGAGUUUCGGGUCAGGCCAUCCGUGGCUACAUCAAGGAGAAAUACACGACCGUGGACGAGACGCGGCUGAAGUUUAUGCUGAGAAAAGCCCUGGCUAAAGGCCUCGAGACCGGCGUGUUCGUGAGACCUGCGAACUCCGCGCCGACCAUGACAGGCGCGCAGGGACGCUUCCGGAUUGCGAAGACCAAAACAAAAGAAGCCAAAGCACAGACGAAGGAAAAUGCUGAUCCCAAUGUACAGAAAGUGGCCAAACCUAAAAAAGCAGAAGCCCCUAAAGCCAAGGGUGACGGAACUAGCAAAGAAACCCAAAAGUCCAAGAAGAAAAAAGCAGCUACAGUUGAUGCUAAGCCGAAGAUGCCCGAGCGCGAAGGCUCUGCCUCAAAGGUGGCCCCCGCUAAGAAGCCCAAGGCAAAGAAUGCUACAGGGGAGGGUGGAACUGCGCCCAAAGCGAGCAAAGCUAAAAAACCUAAAGCAUCAAAAGAGGUUGCGGAAGAACCACCGGCAGCAGCAGCGAAGAAGGGAAAGAAGACUGCGGCGAAGAGCGAGGUGGCUGAGUCUGGAGAGAAGGGAGGCGUGACUGCUGCUAAAGCCUCUGGGAAGCGAGGGAAGAAGUGAUGCUGGAGAUAAACAUGUUUUUAUCCAUUACAGUGGUUUUAUUUAUGCACUUGUAUAUCAUAAUAAAAGCCAUUUUACUUGU